CGUCGUGUGCCCUUAUAUCGCGGUAAGUUCCACGGGCCCAUUUGAAACAUCACCUUAUUAUCCUGCUGACCAUGUCUAGGUUAAAACAAACAUGGCAAGAGGGUACGUCUUUGCCCCCACCGUGGACAGCAGGAAUAUCAGGGUCCAGCUCCUGGCGGAUAGCAGAGACGGCCAGAUCCAGGGUCUGUACAGCGACGUCUCGACGCCCCCCAAUCGCUACCUCCGUGAUAUCGGCGUGCUGCUCUCCCCUCCUCCUCGCACACACGGCGCCUCACGUAGACAUUCAUCGCAGACUUGUACGGUCUCUGCUGCGGCAAUCACAAAUCCCUUGCCCGGGGCCUCCUCGUGGGGACACUUCUGUACCCAGGCGACGCUGGAGUCAGCCACCAGCUUCACGGUCUUUUCCUGGCCGGGACGCUGCUUUGGAGUGAUGAUCAACUAUGAUGAUGGCCGACAGGACUACAUCGGUCGCUGGCACGCUAAUACAGCCAGACAGGAAACUUUCAGUCUGAGCGCUGGAUCGGCUAUCCGUUUUGGUUUCCGGGGCAGAUCCAGAUUCGUAAGCUUUGUUGAGCCGGCGGAUCACGACGAGGCCGAUUACGAUCUUGAUAGAGUGGUGGAGGCCCGCUAUGGUGUAAGUUGUCGUCUUCCUUGGCUUGGUCAGGUGUUUAAAUGUCUCAGGAAAUGAUUGUUUGGUGGUUUUCGAAGUCGGAUGAUGAGGUUGAGGUGGGAGAGUAGGGCUAUGGAGGGUGCAUCU